AUGCGAUCUUGUCGUCCGGAGAUGUUUGUCUCGGGACUGUUGGGAGGGUGCUUCUUGGCGGUGUUGGUCAGGUCGUCGGCUAGUCACGGUGACCGGAGCGCCACCUCUCACACCAGCGGAUAUCCGGAGAACGAGAGGAGAAACGACGUCGCGCACCGGCAGCUUGUCUUCGAUGAACAAGGACUGACCUUUUUUGGCGGCUGGCGGCAUGAAGCUUCCGAAAGGACAAGGCAGAGGAGAGAGCAGGCAUCGGUUCCUUUCGUCUUUGACUGGCAUCGCAAAAACGUUUCCUCGGGACUCAAUAUGGAGACGUUGCCGGAGUUUGCCGAACCGGUUCCCAACGUGACGGCCAUUGUGGGUCGAACGGUGAAGCUACCCUGCGUGGUCAACAACCUGGGACAGUACAGGGUGGCCUGGCUGCGCGUGGAGAGCAAGACCAUCCUGACCAUCCACAAGAGCGUGAUCACGCAGAACUACCGCGUGCACUUGAGUCCGUCGGACCGCAGCUGGCUGCUCGUCAUCGACGGGGUCACCGAGGCCGACCGGGGCGGCUACAUGUGCCAGGUGAACACGGUGCCCAUGCGCAGCCAGGUCGGCUACCUCGACGUGCUCGUGCCCCCGGACAUUGUGGGUUCAGAGAGCAGCUCGGACGUACUAGUGCGCGAGGGUUCCAACGUGACCCUCGUGUGCCGAGCCAAGGGCUACCCGGCGCCUCGCAUCACCUGGAGACGGGAGGACGGCCAGUCCAUCGCCGUUGGGAACUGGCAGCAGCACGCGGCCGCCAGCGACAACGUGUCGUUCGAAGGGGACGAGCUGAGCGUCACCAAAGUGAGUCGACUCCACAUGGGUCCCUAUCUCUGCAUCGCGUCAAACGGCGUUCCAUCACCCGUGAGCAGAAGGAUCCUGCUCCAAGUGCACUUUCCCCCGAUGAUCUGGAUCCCGAACCAGCUGAUCGGCGCGCCCCUCGGCGGCGAGGUGGUGAUGGACUGCAACACGGAGGCCUUCCCGAUGUCCAUCAACUACUGGACGCUGGAGGGAGGAGACCUGAUCGCCGAGUCGUCCAAGUACUCGCUGAACCGCACCGAGAACGUGUACAAGGUCCACAUGCGGCUGAGGAUUCGCCGCAUCGUACCCGAGGACUUCGGGGCCUACCGCUGCUUCGCCAAGAACUCGCUGGGCUCCACCGAAGGCUCCAUACGGCUCUACGAAAUUCACGUACCGCCGCCAACCAAAGUCAAGGAACCCUCAACGGCCAGGAUUCAAAGUGUCGAAGAGGGCAAGCUGGAAGUGUCCGGCGACGCCAUCACCAAGCAUCAAAGUUUUCCCCUUAGGCCACCUAUCUCGGGGCCACCAAAAAUACAAGCGACAGACUCUUCGCCGAGCUGUGUUGCUGCCUUCUACUUCCUUGUGAUCGUCGAGAUCGUAGUGGCCAUGGUCACGUGAUCUUCCGCUGCGGGCGUCAUUCCAUGUGGGCGACCCCGUAGCUACUUCAUCGUCUUCUUCCGGUCGGUGCCUCUUUCCCGUGGUCCCCAAUCCCUACUCUUCCCGCCACCGUCGUAUGCGUUG